AUGUCACCCUUUUUUGCAAUCCUGCUGAUGAUCAUCCUCGCUGACCUCUCUUCUUCUUCUGUUGUUCAUCCUCCAGCCCAUCGUCCUGUCCUUACAACAAAACUCGUGCAUUACAGAUCGCACGAGUCCCCAUACUAUAACCCAGCCCUAUCCAUGAAAGAAGCCUCCAACCUCGAGCGGGACCUCUCCGCCUCCCGAGCCUCCUAUCUUGCUGCCACCAUCACCACAACAUCCAUCGUCGAGACACCGCUCGUGCCCACCAAACCGAGCUCCGGUUUUCUCGCUCACGUGAAGGUCGGCACCAACGACAACCAACCCGACAUGUACAUCAUAGCCGACACGGGCUCUGGCCUACUGUGGGUCCAGUGCGGCAACCUAGAAAACACAAACACACCGUACCUGAUGUUCGACCCGAACCUCUCCCCCACCUUCCGCAAGGAGAUGUGCAACGACCCCGUUAGCGUCUGCUCUCGCGAUCUCUUCUGGGUCGCGUGUGGAGACAAGGAAUGUGAGUACAAGGUCAGAUACGCCGAGGGAGAGAGCAGUGGUUACCUUGCCCAGGACACAUUCGAAGGUCAAACCGUCAUGGGAUUCGACUUCCGCAUGUCGAUGCUAAUCGACUUGGGCUCAACGUACACCUUACUUCCCAUGUCGGUCCUCAAAAAGCUCGAGGCUGCAGUUGUGGAUGUGAUUGGCGGGACCCUGACUAGGACCUACUCGGUUAAGUUCGGCCCCGAGUCGUACACGUUGUUGUGCUAUGUAGGGGUCGUGAGCAGGGACCUGGUGGGGUUCCCUGUGGUGGAAUUGAAGUUCAACGGAGGGGCCGUGCUAGAGCUCACGGCUGUAAACAUGUUCAAGGACGAUGGGGAUGGCAACUUCUGCCUCACGGCAGCCCCAUCUGAGCAGCACAACUUCGACUUCGGCGUCCUGGGGAACUACAUGCAGCAAUUUUUCUACAUUGCCUUUGAUCUCAAGGGAAAUCAACUGUCUUUCGUGAGGAUGGAGUGUGACGUUCUACGUCAUGAUUAA